AUGACACAGGUUUUCUUGAUUGAUGUGUUUAUCAUUUGCUUCCGUGAGUCCAUCGAAGCAGCGGUGAUUAUCGCCGUGUUGCUUUCAUUCGUCAAGCAGAGUUUUGGCGGGCCGGGAAUGGACAGGAAAGCGUAUAAGCGACUUCUCUGGCAUAUCUGGCUAGGCUCGUUAACCGGUCUCAUUGUUUGUUUGAUUAUCGGUGGUGCCUUCAUUGGUGCCUUCUAUGGCUUGAACAAUGAUAUUUGGGGAUCUUCUGAAGAUCUUUGGGAAGGUAUUCUUUCCGUCAUUGCUUCUGUUAUGAUCACUAUCAUGGGUCUAGGUAUGCUCCGUAUCAACAAGAUGAAGGCCAAGUGGAGGUUGAAAAUUUCCCAGGCCAUCCUCGAAGACGACGAAGAAGAUCCCCUGGCCAAACACCUUACGUGGGGUCAGCGCCUCAAGAACCUGAAUCCUGUUAAUUUCCGCUUCUCCAAGUUUGGCCGGUGGACUCGCAAAUAUGCUCUGUUCCUGUUGCCUUUCGUGACAACCCUUCGUGAGGGUAUUGAAGCCGUCGUGUUUGUCGGUGGUGUCGGUUUGGGUCAGCCUGCUCAGGCCUUCCCCCUCUCCGUCAUUCUCGGUCUUAUUUGUGGUCUCGCCUUCGGUUAUGCCCUCUACUUCUUCUCUUCUUCCGUCUCUCUGAAGUACUUUAUGAUUUUCUCCACCUGCCUGCUCUAUCUUAUUGCUGCCGGUUUGUUCAGCCGUUCAGUCUGGUACCUGCAGAUGAAUACCUUCUCUAAGCAGACUGGUGGUGAUGUCGCUGAGGGUGGUGCUGGCCCCGGUACCUAUAACAUCAAGCAGGUUGUCUGGCACGUAAACUGCUGCAACCCCGAGAUGAACAACAACGGUUGGGGUAUUUUUAAUGCUCUCUUUGGCUGGCAGAACACUGCUACUUACGGCUCUGUCUUGUCCUACAAUGCCUACUGGAUCUUCAUUAUGUUGAUCAUCUGCGUCAUGCAGUACGAGGAGAAGACAGGCAAGCUGCCUAUUAUUGGCCGCUUCUGGAAGCGCAAGCAUGUCUCCGAUGAUGAGAUCAACGAACUCUACAACCGUGCCCAGCUCACUGCUCAACGUAAGCUUGGUAAUGCUGGCGAUGUUCAUGCUGAAGACCUCACUCCAACCUCGAGCAGUCUCGAUAAAGACCUCUCCGAGAAGAAGGUUGUUGAUACCUCUGUCUCUUCGCACAGCGCUUGA